CAAUGAGGAGCGAAAGCUGCACAAAAGGAAACUUACUAAAAGUCUCCGCAAGGACCGUGAACAGUGGUGGGUGACAAAGGCGAAAGAGAUGGAAAAAGCAUUGGCGAUAGGCAACACUAGGCAACUCUUUAGACUCAUCACAGAAUCGGGCGGGAGAAGGCAAUUCAUAAGUGAGACUAUUUCUGAGAAAAAUGGCUCCUUAAUUAGCUCUCAGGAUAGACGCCUUGAACGCUGGAAAGAACACUUUGAGGAACAAUUUAACUUGCCUACAGCCACACUGAACCUCCCCGCCAUCCACCACGUACCCGAAUGGGAUAUAGACACUGGUCCGCCGUCUGUAGGUGAGGUUACAAAAGCUAUCAGUAAUUUGAAACGAGGCAAAGCGGCAGGACCCGACGGAAUUAUUCCGGAGGUGUUUAAAUAUGGGGGUGACAUACUAGUUUGUAGAUUAACUGAGGUACUAGGCAAAGUCUGGGAAUCAGAGACAGUACCAUCAGACUGGGGUAAGUCACUCAUUAUACCGAUAUUCAAGAAGGGAAACAAGUCCUCGUGUGAUAAUCAUAGGGGGAUCAGCCUAACGAACAUAGUCUCUAAAAUCCUAGGCUCAGUAAUCAUGCAUAGACUAAGCAGAACUCGGGAGGAACAGACAAGGGAAAAUCAAGCAGGCUUUAGACCAGGUAGAGGGUGCAUAGAUCAUAUCUUCACUCUUCGACAGAUUCUAGAACAUAGACACACUUUUCGGCGUCCAACAAUUGUCAUAUUUCUUGACUUGAAGGCGGCCUUCGACUCCGUGGAUCGAAAGGUACUAUGGCAAUGUCUGACUGUGAAGGGAGUGCCAAGAAAGUACAUUGCACUAAUCAAGGCACUCUAUUCAAACUCACGUAGUCGUGUAAGGGCUUAUGGGGAAUUGUCAUCUGAAUUGGUAACAACCAGUGGUGUCCGACAGGGAUGUCCACUUUCCCCAUUUCUGUUUAACUUCAUCAUAGAUAUGCUAAUGGAAGUAUCCUUAACUGAACGUAGUGACUUAGGAAUCGACUUGUUACCAGGGAAUAAUCUUAUGGACUUAGAAUAUGCAGAUGACAUAGUCCUGUUAGGGGAGGAUGCUGACAAAAUGCAGAGUCUUCUGAACACCUUGAGCAGCAAUCUUCGUAUGUUUGGCAUGCGAUUCGCCCCUGCAAAAUGUAAGAUGCUGCUACAGGACUGGACCACGUCAACCCCUAACUUAGUGAUAGGGAGUGAAGUGAUAGAACAUGUUGACCACUUCACCUACUUGGGAAGUUGUAUUAGCACCAACGGACUGAUUGGCGAUGAAAUCUCAGCACGGAUCCGAAAAGCUCGAGCUGCUUUCGCUGACUUACACCAUCUCUGGCGUAGGCGUGACAUCCGGUUAUCAACCAAGGGACGUGUGUACUGCUCAUCAGUUCGCUCCGUCCUUCUCUAUGGCUCUGAAACAUGGCCAAUACGCGUUGAAGACAUGAAAAGGUUGACUGCUUUCGAUCAUAGAUGUCUGCGAUCUCUGUCUCACGUUAGGUGGUUUCACAAGAUAAGUAAUGUUGACGUUAGGCGUAGAGUGUUGGGCAAAGAGGGAAAAUCAAUCGACGAGGCUAUAAAGUUACAUAGACUAAGAUGGCUAGGUCACGUGCUGCGCAUGCCUAACCACCGCCUCCCCCGACGGGCAUUGCUAGCUGAUAUAGGUUCAGGUUGGAAAAGAGCCAGUGGUGGCCAAACAAAAACAUGGCAUCAAUCCAUGAAAUCCUUGACAGUUAAACUGAGUCAGGUAGGGAGAUGCAGACUCCCGGGUUGGGGCCCUCGGGACUCUAGGAAUCAAUGGCUGGAGACAAUAGGUGACAUGGCUCAAAAUCGUUGUCAAUGGCGCAGAUGUAUUCAGUCUCUGUAAUCUUUCAUAUUCCUUUCUACCAUUACCCAUUCUGUUUCACUCUUAUAUUUGUCAAACUCUAUUAAUUCUCUUCACUCAUCUUCUUGUCUACCUCUGUGUGCUAUUUGGAACGUGGCAACUCGAACUGCUGCACUUCGGUGCCAAGUUCUAUGUUGAAUCCAGACAGACAGA